AUGGCGGAGGAGUCGGAAGCGAGCGCGUCCGAGGCGGCUGCGCUGGCGCCGGAGUGGAGGAUCGCCGUGGCGGUGGACGAGAGCGAGGAGAGCAUGUACGCCCUAGAAUGGUGCCUCCGCAACGUCGUAUCGGAGAAAGCUCAGAGAACCAUUAUCCUCAUCUACGCGCGGCCUCCUCCCCCCGUCUAUACCUCCCUCGACGGUACCGGUGAGUCCUCUGUCUCCCUCUCUCGAUCUCUGUAAAAGUAUGUCUUGUCUUCCCGAUCUGAUCCGCAUUUGCCUCUCUUCGGCGCAGGGGUUAUGUUCGGUGACGAUGUGAUCACGAUCAUGGAGAAGUACAGCAGGGAACUGGCUGAAUCGGUGAAGGAGAGAUCGAAGAAAGUUUACGAGGAUUAUCCCAAUGUAGUUUCCUUCUUCCUUCCCGAUCUCAUCUGUGAUGUUCAGAUUGAUCGAUCAAAGUAUUCUGAUAUCUCUCUCUUCUUCGGAUUGGGAUUAGGUUAAAGUGGAGAUGAAGGUGGGGACAGGGGACGCCAGGGAUGUGAUCUGCGAGCUGUUGGAAAAGGUAGGAGCCGAUCUGCUGGUGAUAGGCAGCCAUGGCUAUGGCUUCGUCAAGAGGUACACCCACUCCUCCCCUCCGAUCUCCUCCAUCUUCUGAAAAUCCGAAGCUCCGAUUCAGAUCGUCCCCCGGAUUGUUCUUCGUCCUUCGCAGGACUCUUCUGGGGAGCGUCAGCGACUACUGCGCCCGCAACGCCAAGUGCCCGGUGCUGAUCGUGAAGCGGCCGGCGAGCUGA